CGACCCCCUUAUUCGAUAGGGCGGGUUUCCCUCUCUCGAUAUAUGUCCAUCUUUUCUCUCCGAGCCCUAACCCCGAGACCGAGAGGGCGAGAGAGAGGAAUCACGAGAAAAGAGAAGAGAGAGUUUGAGCGCGAUCGAAGCCAUGGAGUUGCCUCAAAGCGAUUUUGAUCGCAUCGUCUUCUUCGAGCACGCCCGCAAGACCGCGGAGGCGGCGUAUGCCAAGAACUCCCAAGAUGCCGAGAAUCUCACGAGGUGGGGAGGGGCGCUUCUUGAGUUGUCGCAGUUUCAGAGUGGCCCGGACUCGAUAAAGUUUGUAAAAGAUGCUAUUUCCAAAUUGGAGGAAGCUUUGGUUAUUUUUCCAAGGAAGCACGACACUCUCUGGUGCUUGGGCAAUGCUCACACUUCUCAUGCUUUCUACAUUCCUGAUCAUGAGAUGGCCAAGGCUCAUUUUGCAAAGGCAACUCAGUGUUUCCAGGAAGCUUUGGAAGAGGAUCCAGGAAAUGAGCUAUACAUGAAGGCUCUAGAUUUAUCAACGAAGGCACCUGAACUGCAUUUAGAGGUCCAAAGGCAGAUGGCUAACCAACAAUCUGCAGCUGGAGGAUCUUCAGCAUCAAACGUGAAGGCAUCCAAGAAAAAGAAAAACGGUGAUGUUAAGUAUGACAUACUGGGAUGGGUGAUUCUUGCAGUAGGCAUUAUUGCAUGGGUUGGCCUGGCCAAGUCUCAUGUCCCUCCUCCUCCCAGGUGAAGCAGCCAGCUGUCUUCUGUCGAUCAUGAAGUUGUCUGGUGUUCGAGAUUUCAACUUUGAGAUUCGAUUAGAUCAGACAGUUUUGAAGGCUUGCCCAUGGAAAAUUAGCACAUAGUUGUAGUUGCUUAAUAACAUGCCGAAAUUACCUGCUCAUAUCGCUAAAUGUGGGAUAUUCUAGAAAUGUGCGGCAUAGAUUUUUUUCGCUGGUAAAUUUUGCUUAGGAUCAAAAGAGGCACCCUUUAUCUUUUGUAUGCUUAAAUCAUGUACAUUAUGUGCAUCUUUUUUCUCCA